AUCCAACAGCCGGGUGGGGGCUAGAGGGGCUCCUUCCUUCUUCCGGCAGGAGAAAUGGUCCAGCGAAGGUGGUGGUUGCGGAAGAGGUGCGGCUUAUGGGCGGCGAAUGGGGUGAAAUCUAAGAGGUGCCCUAUUUUGGGGGGUCGGGGGUGUGCGAGGUUGGGGAGGGGCCGCAGGAGGAGGGUUUGCCUGGGGAGGCGAAGGGGGGCGUAAAUAGCAGACAAAGUUAAUAGAAUAUGUGGAAAUGGCAAGACUGACAAACAGAACAAGAGAUCAGGAUCAAAAAGAAGAAGAAGGGGGGAAAAAACCUCUCAUGUUUUUUGUGGGAUAUUUAGAGGCGCAUUGUAAACCAGGCAUGUCCAAAGUCCGUUUUGGGCGCCUAAUCCGGCCCGCCGGUCGAUUUAAUCCGGCCCCCGUGGCAGUAUAUGUUUAUUUAAAACUGUAUUCUAACUUAUAUUUUAAUCAACUUUUUAAAAAAUGCUUUUACUGUAUUUAUAUUUAGUGUUAGCCGCCCUGAGCCAGGUCUUGGCCGGGGCGGGCGGGUUACAAAUAAAAACAUAUUAUUAUUAUUAUUAUUAUUAUUAUUAUUAUUAAAAAAGCUCAGCAACUUCAAUCCUAAAAAAAAGCUCAACAACUUUGGUUGGCCCUCAGGUAUGUUUACUUUAUCAAAUCUGGCUCUCUUUGGAAAAAAGUUUGGGCACCCCUGAUGUAAACCAAUUUAGAAGUGAGCAGUGACAGAAUAAAUGAAACAAUUGAGAUAUGAAGAUGAGGAAUACAGGGAGAAAUAUAGUGGGAAAGGCAGUAAUAAAAUGCACCGCCAGGGAAGAGGAGCCACUGCUGGUUGUGUGUUUCUUUUAUUUGAAAUGUUAUUAUUGUUUCAAGUGUAAAAUGGAAAUUAAAUGGGGGGGGCUGGGGAAGCAAGAACCUCUGGGAAGCUGCCCUCCCCCCUCCGAAGGGAUCAAGCCACUUCUCUCCCCCUUGCAGCGGGGGAUUUGCAGGGAGAGGGCGGGGGAAGCCGCUUUGGUGCAGGCAAAACAGACUUAUGGGUAUGAGUGGGGAGGGGGUGGGGGGUUGUGCUGCUUUUGUGCCCUAGAGCCAGAGGGAGACCCUCCAAGGGUCCCUAUUUUCCAGGGACUUCCUCUGAUUUAGAGAAGCCCAUCCCGGUUUCGGAUUUGAUCCCGGAAUGUCCCUCAUUUCCUUAGGACGUUCCUGUUUUCAUCAGAGAAAUGUUGGAGGGGAUGGAGUCAUCCAACCUCUGAGCCAUCUGAAGGCAAUUCUGUAAAGGGAAGGUUUUUUUUAAAAUGUUUUAUUAUCAUUUUAUAUAUGUUGGAAGCUGCCCAGGGUGACUGGGGCAACCCAGUAAGAUGUGUGGGGUGUAAAUAGUAAAAUUAUCAUUAUGGAAUGGGACAUCCCUAUUUUCAUUGGAGAAAUGUUGAAGGGUGUGUGGAGGAGAGACACCUUUGGGAGAAAAAUUGAGAGAUUCCAAACUCCCUCCCUCCCUGUCCCUCUCAUGUUUACCAAAUUCCUCCAAUGUUCUUACCCAUCCAUUUACUUUAGUGACUCUUUGUGCCUACGGCUUGUGUUUCCUUCUUAUUCUAGGCUCUCUUGACCUUUACGGAAGCGGCUGUGGAUUUUACGGAGGGCAGGUGGCACCUGCAGGAUCCCAGCUGAAGAUCUCUGCGCAGGGAAGUCAUGGAGGAGAAUUGUAAGACGUUGGCCUCUCUAGGUAAGGAUGCUUUCCCCCUCAAUUGUUUGUUCAGCAUGUUUUUGUUCUUUCUGCUAUUCCCCCACCAACUCACAUAGAUCAAAUCUUUGCUUCCAGGUGCCAUAAGAAAGCUGCAGAGAUAGUGCAGGAUAGUGCGCACCCCAGAAAUGAUCUCUUUCAGCUUCUGCCUUCUGGAAGAAGGUACAGGGUUAUAAAGACUAGGACUAGCUUUUAAGCGUCGCGAGACUAUAAUUGACUGUAUUGAUAUGGGGCUAUCUGUUUAGCCCAUUUUAGUGUUGGCUAAGUUUUAAAAUCUUCCUGGAUGUUUUUAACUGUGUGUUGACAAAAUGUACUUUCUUUCUGACUGACGGUCGAAUAAAAAUAAUGAUGAUGAUGAUGAUGACUAGCCACCUGAGAAACAGUUUCUACCCAAAUGCAAUUUUGGAUUUAAACACAUUGUAAGGAGUCUAUAUGGGAGUAUAUUGUGUUUAAAAAUGGGGUAUCAGAGUUUUUAGGGGGCUAACCAGGUUGGGAUAGCUGGGAUAGCAGGCUUGUUGGGUUUUGAAUGUCUUCUGUAGAUUUUUCAAUUUCGUUGUUCUGUAUGGGACAAUGACAAUAAAGAUUAUCGUAACCCAUCGAAUUUGCCCCUUUUGUUCUGCACCUCCCUCGAUACUUUUCUUUGUGCUAGAAGGCAGCCCUGUUUAGGGAAGUUUUUAAUGUUUGCUGUUUUAUCUUGUUUUUAAUAUUGUGUUGGGAACCGCUCAGAGUGGUUGGGGAGGCCCGGCCAAAUGGGAGGGGUAUAAGUAAUAAAUUAUUAUGAUUAUUAUUAUUACGGCCACCAAAUAAUUGCAAAUGCGUUCUCACAACACUCGAGCUGGAUAUAUUUCGGUGCCUUGAAGCUUAAUGUCUAUAAAACGUAUUUCCUCCAGAGAAGGGCAACCAAAAUCCUCAAGGGGGUAAAGUAACUCCCUUAUGAGAAAAGGUGCAGCAUGUGGGACCUUUCAGUUUAAAGGAAAGGCUAGUAGGAACUAACAAGCUAGAAAAUGCGCUCAUGUCCUGCUUGCAAGUUUCCCACAGGCAUUGGCCACUGUGAGAACAGGAUGCUGGACUAGACGGGACAUUGGCCUGAUCCAGCAGGCUGAUAAUAUGUUCUACGCAGACGUAAGGCGUAAGCUGUUGUUACGUUCUUACCAGUCUUUACUGCAACCACACUUGAAAUACUGUGCACAGUUUUGGUCACUCUUUUUAUGUUCCUAUUAGUCUUAAUGUCAGGAUAUACCUCUGGCUCUUUUUUGGAGGAGGAAAAGGAGGAGGAACAGUCAUAGAAUCAUAGAAUCAUAGAAUCAUAGAGUUGGAAGAGACCACAAGGGCCAUCGAGUCCAACCCCCUGCCAAGCAGGAAACACCAUCAGAGCACUCCUGACAUAUGGUUGUCAAGCCUCUGCUUAAAGACCUCCAAAGAAGGAGACUCCACCACACUCCUUGGCAGCAAAUUCCACUGUCGAACAGCUCUUACUGUCAGGAAGUUCUUCCUAAUGUUUAGGUGGAAUCUUCUUUCUUGUAGUUUGGAUCCAUUGCUCCGUGUCCGCUUCUCUGGAGCAGCAGAAAACAACCUUUCUCCCUCCUCUAUGUGACAUCCUUUUAUAUAUUUGAACAUGGCUAUCAUAUCUCCCCUUAACCUCCUCUUCUCCAGGCUAAACAUGCCCAGCUCCCUUAGCCGUUCCUCAUAAGGCAUCGUUUCCAGGCCUUUGACCAUUUUGGUGCCAAGCCCAAAUUAGAAGAACUGGCUUUGCCAAGUUCCACCAUGCGAUCCCCAACAGCUGAUGCCAGUUUUUAAUUUGUGUAAUAAAAUGGCACCCUAACAUAAAAAUAAAAACUGGUUUUGAUAAGUUUGAACAGGAAUUCAAGCUCAGCUUCAUAUCCAGUGAGUGCAUGUUCGCUGCUGAUCCUGCUGAUUCAGGCCCCACGUGGUAUUCAUGUGUUGUAGGAGUUAGAAAGUUAGAACCAUCCCCCUUCUUAGCCUUAGAUGUGUCAUAGAGUUGGCUCAGUUUGGAAUCUGAUUUUUUUUUAAAGCUAGUCUUGUUUGUUUCCUUGAAAGAAUGGGACUUCAGUUCCUUUUGGGGAAGAAAAAGAAGAUCCAUUUAUCCUGGAUCCCAAAGAGGAGGCAUCAACAGGUGUUUUGGAAGGGCGUUUUUCCGUUCCUAUGUGAUUUCAUAGACCCAUCAGAGCUUAAAGGAAAUCAGAGAAAUUCAUGGAAGAGAAGGCUUCUCAAGGCUGUGUGCUACCUCCAGAAUCAGGAGAACAACAGCAGGAGGGGACAGUUAGCUUCCUGUUCUACUUCUGGGCUUCACAUGUGCAUCUCGUUGGCCCUUGUGAGAAUGCUAGACUGGAUAGGCUGUAGGGUGGAUCCAUUGGGGCUGUUCUUUGGCAUCCAGGUUGAGGUUUGCCUUCUACAUGCUCUGAUAUGCCCCAGGUUUAUGGGGGUUUUUUUUAAGUGGCUUGUCUUCCACUGUACCUGUUCACAGGUGCCAGGUGGCUCAUACCAGAUCCACAUUUCCCAUCCAGUGUGCUGGCAGGAGACCUAAGAUCCUGCAUUUCCCUGCUCUUGGCUUUGAGCAGCUGUCCGGAGAGCAGUUGGGUGGACUUGGAGUGCUGAGUGGUUUCUCCUCGGAAGUAACUACCCUGCCUGUUUCAUUGGAAGAAAUCCCCAAACGGGACUUGAUCCCUUGCCCAGAAGGAGAAGAAUCAGUUGGCCGUUGCUCUCGAAGAAGGGAAGAAAUUGGCAGGUAUCUGCUCUUAAAAUGUCUCUGCGAAAAAUGGGAACAAGACAACACUGCAUACCUGUGGAGUUCUAGUCUUGGCCCACCCCUGCCCAGAACUCGGUGUCAGAGCACAAUCUUUGCGUUCAGAAAGUCCUACGUUUAAUCCCCACCUUCUCCAGAGACCCCAUCUGCAACCAGGAAGUGAGUGUAGACCCCAGUGCUCUGAUUCUUGUCUAAGGCAUCUUCUUGGGUUCUUAUAUCAGACCUUCCAAAUGCAUAGGAACCACAGAACAGUGAGUUGUUCCCAGUUUGUUCAGUUCCCCCACUUGCUGCACUUCUAUUCCUUUAAAUAUAUUUUUAUUAAGCUUUACAUAAGAAAUUUAAAUUCAAACACAUCAUUCACCUCUUCAAUUAGGAUUCUCUGAAUCCCUUGACUUCCCUCCAGCCUUCCAUGGUUACCAUUGUCAGUCUUUUUUUCUUCUGCUGCUUAUCUUAUUUUCUGUAAUCUGUUAAAAAAGUAGUAAAUGGGUAAAUGGGUUCAAUCUGUGAUGAGAACCUUUGAUUUCCCCUUGAAAUUCACCCAUGAUUUUCUUUCUCACCUCUCCCUCAGAUGAUGGCCAAAGCAACGGGAACUAUAGAGAAGCACCAGAAACACCUGCAGCUGAAGCAGGAAAAGGGAUGUUUGACAAUCAAAGGGACUCCCCAAACCAUGAACAAAACCAGUCAGAGAAUGGGAGGAAGAAAUCAUUGACUAUGCAGAGUUUUGAUGACCAAGAACCCCUGAUGCUACAAGAAGAUCAAAGCAGGAAGGCAUGUCCAGUAUGUGGAAAAAUACUUAGAGAUAAAUCGGAUUUCAGUAGACAUUACAGAAUCCACACAGGGGGGAAACCACAUAAAUGCACAGAGUGUGGAAAAAGCUUCCGUUUGCUCAGUAACCUUCGUAAACAUCAGAGAACUCACACGGGAGAGAAGCCAUAUAAAUGCAAGGAGUGUGGAAAGUGCUUCAGUGACAGCAGCAGUCUUACUCCGCAUGAAAGAUCCCACACAGGGGAGAAGCCAUUUAAAUGCACGGUGUGUGGAAAGAGCUUUAGUGUGAGUAGUCACCUUACCGUACAUCAGAGAACCCACACAGGAGAGAAACCAUUCAAGUGCAAGGAGUGCGGAAAGAGUUUCAGUGACAGCAGCAGCCUUACUCCACAUCAACGCACCCACACAGGCGAGAAGCCUUUUCAGUGUGUGGUGUGUGGAAAGAGCUUCAGAGUGAAUAGUCACCUUACUGUACAUCAGAGAACCCACACAGGGGAGAAGCCAUUUAAAUGCAAGAAGUGUGGAAAGUGCUUCAGCGACAGCAGCAGCCUUGCUCCACAUGAAAGAACACACACAGGGGAGAAGCCAUUUCAGUGCAUGGUGUGCGGAAAGAGCUUUAGCGUGAGUAGUCGUCUUACCGCACAUCAAAGAAUACAUACGGGAGAAGCCAUUUACGUGCAAGGAGUGUGGAAGGAGCUUCAGGCGCAAUAGUAGCCUUAAUGUACAUCAAAGAAUCCACACACCGGAGAAACAGUUUAAGUGCGUGGAGUGUGGAAAGAGCUUUAAUGAGCAAUACGUUUCAAAGAACACAGCAGCAGAGAAAUUAAAUGUGGAAAGGUUUUUAAUGUGAGUCGCAGCUGGGAGGAAGACGUCUGAUAAAUACAGGAGGAACUGCAUGUGAAAAAAAUGUGAUAAUUAAAGGAAACAUGCAUCAUACGAUAUCUUGUAAGGAUAUGCAGUCUAACGUGGAAGCUUUGGGCAUAGGAAAGCAAGUGAGAUCUUACUAGGGUGUUUUGGCAUGAGGGGUUUGUAGAUGGCAAAGAAGCACAGAGAUAAGGUAAAGGAACCCCUAACCAUUAGGUCCAGUUGCGGACGACUCUGGGGUUGUGGCGCUCAUCUCGUUUUAUUGUCCGAGGGAGCCGGCGUACAGCUUCCGGGUCAUGUGGCCAGCAUGACUAAGACGCUUCUGGCGAACCAGAGCAGCGCACAGAAACACCGUUUACUUUCCCUAUUUAUCUACUUGCACUUUGAUGUGCUUUCGAACUGCUAGUUUGGCAGGAGCAGGGACCGAGCAACGGGAGCUCACCCCGUCGCAGGGAUUCGAACUGCCGACCUUCUGAUCAGCAAAUAGCAAAGUUGGGUGGCCAUCUGUCGCAGAUGCUUUAGUUGAGAUUCCUGCAUUGCUGGGGGGUUGGAUUAGAUGACCCUUGGGUUCCCUUUCAAAUCUACAAUUCUAUGAAAGUUUCCUUCAAUACCCUCCAGCUAGGCCUUUGGCCUGAUCCAGUUUCAUGGCUUUUAUACUCUUAAGCAAUUCCUGAUCUAAGCUUGCUAAGGAGGUUUUGAAACGCUUUUGAAAAGUCCCAAGUACACAAAAUCUAGUAGAUUCUCUCAUCUGCAUGACCCUAAGAUAUUUAAUGGGGACUCCAUGAAAAGCUAACCUUUCAAUGGUAUAGAGAUUUUGUUCAUAAAUAAAUAAAUGAAUUGCUUCACUUUA